UUGCCAACCGACGUUUUUUUUCUCUCUUCUCACAGCUCAGCCUGACGUGACGAGAUCAGCUGGGCUCUUUUUCCACCAAAAAAAAAAAAAUCUAGCGAGUCCGACUCGGGCUCUCUUCUCCGUGGCUCGCUCUCUCCGCUCAGUUCCUCUACGAGCCCGUGAGAUCUCGAGAAGGGAAAGGAGUUAGUGAAUCAAAAUGAAGGCACUCAUUCUCGUUGGAGGCUUUGGAACUCGCUUGAGGCCACUGACUCUCAGUUUCCCGAAGCCACUCGUUGACUUUGCAAACAAACCCAUGAUCCUUCAUCAGAUAGAGGCUCUCAAGGCAAUUGGAGUUGAUGAAGUGGUUUUGGCCAUUAACUACCAGCCAGAGGUGAUGUUGAACUUCUUGAAAGACUUUGAGAAAAAUCUUGGGAUAAAGAUCACUUGCUCACAAGAGACCGAGCCACUUGGUACCGCCGGUCCUCUGGCUCUGGCCAGGGACAAGCUGGUUGAUGGUUCGGGCGAGCCUUUCUUUGUCCUUAACAGCGAUGUUAUCAGUGAGUACCCACUCGAAGAAAUGAUUGCUUUCCACAAAGCUCAUGGUGGAGAGGCCUCAAUCAUGGUUACAAAGGUGGACGAGCCAUCGAAAUAUGGAGUUGUGGUCACGGACGAGAAUACCGGUAAAGUUGAAAAAUUCGUUGAGAAGCCCAAAAUAUUUGUGGGCAACAAGAUCAAUGCAGGAAUAUAUCUUCUGAACCCUUCUGUUCUUGAUCGGAUUGAGCUGAGACCCACAUCCAUCGAGAAAGAGGUAUUCCCCAAGAUUGCAGCCGAGCAAAAGCUCUACGCAAUGGUGCUACCGGGAUUCUGGAUGGACAUUGGCCAACCUCGGGACUAUAUCACAGGCCUUAGACUCUAUCUAGACUCUCUUAGAAAGAAGUCUUCAUCCAAGUUAGCCACAGGCUCACACAUUGUGGGAAAUGUCAUCGUGCAUGAGUCAGCCAAGAUCGGGGAAGGAUGUUUGAUCGGGCCGGAUGUUGCUAUCGGCCCUGGAUGUGUGGUAGAGCCGGGCGUCAGGCUCUCCCGAUGCACGGUAAUGAGAGGGGUUCGGAUCAAGAAACAUGCCUGCAUCUCGAGCAGUAUCAUCGGGUGGCAUUCCACAGUUGGGCAAUGGGCUCGGGUCGAGAACAUGACGAUUCUUGGGGAGGAUGUGCAUGUUUGCGACGAGAUUUACAGCAACGGAGGUGUUGUUCUGCCACACAAGGAGAUCAAAUCAAGCAUCAUGAAGCCGGAGAUAGUCAUGUGAGUUUGUGAGUCGGAAACUCUGUUUCAAGUGUGCAAGUGUUUUUGUGUCUGGCCUUUGCAUAAGCAUUAUAUCAUGUCAUCAAUGCUGUAAUGUAUGGUUGAUCUCAUUGUAAAUCUUGUCAGGGUUUGAUGUCAUUAUUUGUCGGUUGGUAUUUUUUUUUGUAACUUAUGAUGAUUUACAACUUAUUGAGCAAUCAUAAUAAAAAUUGUGCCCCAUUUUUGUUUUUA